UAAGUCAAACCAUCAUUGGGUUUUUGUUCUCAUAUAGCCCUUUAUGUACACACGCACAACUCGAGAGCCCAGCUCCAACCGCAUACCACACCCUGCUUCAGGUCUCGAACCCUCCCACAUGCACUCGCGACAGCCGGGGUCAGAGAGCGAGAGCCCAUUGGACUGUUUUUGGGAUGUUUUUGAGGAGGGGGGCUUCGAGUAAAGAUUCCUGCUGUGUGUAACGUUUGGAGGCGUUUUUCUUUCUCUAAUCUUUCAAUUUUUUUCUUUCCUGGAAACUUCACACCUAUUUGCUUCCUCCACGGUCCAAACUCGAAUACUACUGCAGUCUGCCUCUACUCAGGGCGCCCUCUUGUGGACCCAACUACAAAGAAAGGAAUUUUUACCUCUGAGACACUGGGGAACAUUUCUUUAACCUGAAUCAGAAAAGACUUUGAUCCAGUCUUAACCGCCACCCUGCAGCCCAGCCUGUCUGACCUAAAGCACCAAUAUUCAGAAGCAGCCCUACCCAAAGCAUCAACAUACAUUUUACAGUUUACAGCCAGUGUAAAAACCGACCAGCUCCUGGAGCAACCUGUAGGCCAUCUGCCUGCUGUAAACCAAAAAGAGAGAUACACUUUGAACUAGUGGGUCAGACUACAAGGGAGCCAUGUUAAUCAUCUUAGCCUUCAUCAUCCUCUUUCACCUUGCUGCAGCCAUACUGCUCUUUGUUGCUACAAUUCACAAUGCGUGGUGGGUGGUGUCACCACCUGGACGUGAUGUAAUCUAUGCUGACUUGUGGUACUCCUGUAAUGCCACCUGCUACCCCGUGGAGAACAGCCACUCUGUUGAAGCUGCUUAUUUACAGGCAGUUCAGGCUACUAUCAUCCUGGCGACCAUUUUGUGCUGUGUCAGCUUCUUUGUCUUCAUGCUUCAGCUGUUCAGCAUCAAACAGGGGGAGAGAUUCAUUUUCGCAGCUAUUAUCCAGUUGCUUGCUUCUCUAUGUGUGAUGAUCUCUGUGUCCAUCUACACAGCUGAGAACAAGAACUUCCAUGUGCUCAGUCUCAGACAAGGCUCCUAUGGUUCCUCUUAUACUGUGGCAUGGGUUAGCUUUCCCAUGACUCUCAUCAGCGGCCUUAUGUACUUGGUGCUCAGGAAACGUAAAUAGAAGAGACAGGCAAGUCACAACAUAGUUAGGAUUUUUGGACAUAAAUGGCUAACAACAACGGGGCAUUUACAUCUUUUAUUUCUAGCCCUCAGGUUUUAGUAUUGACAUCAAGGAAAACCAUUGCAGAAUAUCUAGUCACAAGUUCAGAACUGGUUGAAUACCCUGUCAGCAAUGUGUGUAUUCAUAAGCCCUUUGCUAACACAUUGUGUCCUUCGUCCUUUCUGUUGCCUGCCAGUUUCAUAAAUUUUUAUAAAAAGAAAAGUGUAAAAGAUUCUGUGACUGUUACAGCACCUAGAAAGAGUCCAAUAAGGUCAGUAAAACUCUACAGCAUUUGUUUGUACAUUUUUGAAGUGUGUGUUUAGCUCACUUUAGAUUUUAGCAGUAGAAAUAAAUAAGAUACAUUAAUAAAAGCAUAAGAGAAGUGUAGGGAAAUUAUAUUAAAAGUGUCACGUGUAUGAUUAUGACGCUUGGUUUGCAUUCAUUUAAUGCUAAUUGGUGUAUCAAUGGUGAAAGAGAAACCGAUGAUAUAACGUGUUAUUUAGGAUUAAAAUUGAACAAAACAGACAAACUUGAAAUAUAAAUGAAUAUAUUCUUUGUUACUGACUUUUGUCAUAGCUUCUCUGUAAAGCUAUUUAUUGUUAUAAACCACUGUUUAUCUUGUAUUUUUAAUCAGGUGACUAAAGAUGUUUGAAGUAAUAAACGUUUGCCGUAUUUUCCCUUCUGGUCAAGCUGUUGUCUGUUCCGUACUGGAACAAUAUAAUUCAUACAUGCUUAAUAACGAAUGCAUUUUUCAGUCUCGGUCUUGCCUGUCAUGUUUGAAAAAUUUAUAGAGAUCAAUCAGAAAAUCCUUGAAAAUAAAUGUUAACUUGGCCUUCGAUGAUUAAUUGUGCUAAUUUGCUAUACAAAUAUUGAAUGGAGUUUAAAGUCUAAAAUAAAGAGGACUUAGGGAAUAGACAUGCAAAUGAUUAUGCUCUGCUAUCUCUAGCUGAUACUUUAAAAUGAAUAGAAUACCAGAUUAUAGGGGAUGAUUGUGAAUUCCUGUUUUAUUUCUACAUAUAUGUCAAAAUUACAGCAAAUUUUAGCACUGUGGUCAACAUUUGCCUUUUAUCUCCUCAUUUAAGAUAAUAAAGCCUAAUUAGAAGUGACCUACCUUUUUCACAAGUCAUCUUAUGGUAUCACUUACUGUACUGGAAUCACAAUAAAGAAAUCAGCAUUUUUCACCUACAAAGGCUUUUUUGAAGUAUUAACUCUACAUUGGUUGAAUAUUUUGCAUUGUUCUAUUUAAUUUUUUAAGAGCUUAUAUUCAACACAUGUUUUUUUCACUGUAUAUAUUAUUUGUUUUGUUUUAUCACCUGUAAAUGUUUAGUACUGUUUUUUGUUUUUAAUCCAGCUUUUUUCACGCUAUUGUCAUUGACCUCAGCUGCAACAUCUCUGCCAGCUUCAGUCAUUUGUCGGACAUCAUACUGUUUUUAUCUGUCACAUUUCAUAAAACUUAAGAUUGUUGCUGGCUUCUGACACUAAGUGGACUGUUAGGGAACUGCAACAUUUAAUACAAGAUACAGAAAUUUGCCCUUCAUCUUUUCAAUAUAAAUUUUAAUAAAUGUUAAUGUGAGUAUUAAAAUGAUAAUGCAUUUUC